AUGAUGAAUCUCGGCUUCUCCGCCGAGCGCCGUUCCACGACGGACGGUGAUAUGGAUGAUCUAGAUCGUGCGGCUGAUAUCCCACUAGGCCCGACGCGCACGCGUCACCGUGCACCUCGGCCACGCACCUCCUCAUCGUCGCUGGGGAGUAGUGUGUACCCUAGCACGACGACGUCGCGACGCGAGGGCACGUCGCGUUUAGCGAACAUUUCUGACGAAGAUGCAGUGACGCCCACUGGCGAUCGUAUUUACACUUGGCUCCAGGGCGGGAGUAGUACGCGAGCCAUCCCUACCUCCUAUCGCACUAUGAGUGAGGCGCGGGGUCCCUCUGCUGCGACAUCGUCGCGUCUAUCGCAGCGCGGUAUCGACGAGGCGUCGCACCGACGAGGUGAUCGAUCUGAUGCGAUGAGUGCGCGAGCCCUGUCGUCCAGUUCGCGUCUACUACGUUCCAAUGCCUCGGUGUCGGCUCGGACGGAGGCCCUAAGCGAUACGAAGUCGCAUGACCGCAUUGCGCAGUGGCGGGAGCAGCAAGCGCGCGCCUCUGAAGGCAAAGAAGGGAAGCCUAGUGUAGCUCCUACCGAUGUGCGACGUCCGCUCGCGACGCGCGACGAUGCGGCGGGGACUGAGACGCCGCUUCGUUCUGUGCUUCGUGCGCUCGCCCAGGAAGAGAUGGCGCAUUCGACAUGGGCGCUGGGGUACGCUGCGGCGGUUUUGCUGCGGUGUCUACUUGCCCUUGGCAGCUGGAGUGGGCGUGGCCGUCCGCCGAUGUAUGGCGACUUUGAGGCGCAGCGACACUGGAUGGAGCUUACGUUGCAUUUGCCCGUCCGACGUUGGUACCGCUACGAUGUGCAGUACUGGGGCCUGGAUUAUCCGCCUCUCACAGCAUGGGUGAGUUUGGCGUGUGGCUUUGUCGGUUCCCUGUUCCCUGCAGUGCAUCCUGCACUGGCGCUGCGUACGUCGCGUGGCGAGGAGCGAGCGGCGUUGGUCCUGUUUAUGCGGUGGAGUGUACUGCUAUUGGAUAUGUUGCUGUACCUCCCUGCCGUGGCUUGGUUCCUCUCUCGUCGCUUGCACACACGCAGCAUGCGUGUACGUCACAUUGCGCUACUUACUGUGUGGCUGCAACCUGCGCUGCUCCUCAUUGAUCAUGGGCAUUUCCAGUACAAUGGUGUGAUGCUGGGCCUGGCCACAUUGAGCUUUGCGUGCCUCUUAUCCAACCUGCCGAACGUGCGGACAGGCUAUAGUGCCGAUGCGGAGGCUACGGCGGCCUUGCAGCGUUUGGUGUUGGACACACUUAGCCGGCAUGUCAGCUUGCAGUACGUGGCCGCCGCGGUGUUUUUCACACUGAGUCUGUGCUUUAAGCAGAUGGCGCUGUACUAUGCGCCAGCGAUCUUUGCCGUGAUGCUAGGCCGCUGUGUGGGGCUGAUGCAGCGUCAUAUCCUGCGUGGCCUCGCGCUGUUCCUCGCGCUGGGCAGCGUCACGCUGGCCGUGACAGCAAUCUUACUGGCGCCAUGGCUCGGCUCGAUGGACGAUGUGCGGCAGGUGGUGCAUCGUGUGUUCCCGCUGGCACGUGGUCUCUUUGAGGACAAGGUGGCGAAUGUAUGGUGCGCGAUCAGUGUACUUCCGCUGGGCGCACGUUGGAAGCUGCAUCGUAUGCUUAGUGUCACGACGUUGGCCAAGCUCAGCCUUGGCACUGUGCUUUUGGCCAUUCUGCCCAGCUGCGUCUUGCUGUGCAUGGCGUCCGUGGAAACGGUACGUCGCGAAUCGAUGGCCGACGAUGCACAAGCGGCCCAGGUCGUAGCGGAUGUGCGGCGGCGCGCUGGGUCUGUCGCCUCUGGCAUCUCGCAUCGCAUCCCGCCGAGUGUGCGCGAAGGGUAUGCUACGUCGCAGGGAGGCGCCUCGCAUGCCGAAUCAGCGCAUGAGUCCAGCCGUGGCUCCGAUCGCCGCUCAAUGACGGGCAGCUCGAUAUUGGGCGGUAGUACUUCGACGUGGAUGCAGGACGGCAGCUCUGCGCGACGUCCUCGUCCCGCCAUUCUCCCGUCGUCACACAAGCGGCCCUCCGCUACGCCCUCCCCGGCAGCCGAGCUGCUGCCCUAUACCCUCGCAUCGACCUCGCUGGCCUUCUUCCUGUUUGGUUUCCAGACGCAUGAAAAAAGCAUCUUGCUUCCCCUCCUCCCGCUCACUCUGCUCAUGACAGCCAAGGGCGAUCGGACAGGCGCAGGCGCAGCGGCGACCGACUGGGAAUGGGGCGUGCUGGCGAACAAUGUCGGCCUCUUUAGCAUGUGGCCUCUUCUCCAACGCGAUGGCCAGGCGAUGGCUUGGUGGCUCCUUCUCCUUGGAUGGAAUGCGCUCAUUGGGUACCGGCCAUGGGAAGCGCUCCAUACCACGCGCGCCUCGUUUGUGGCUUGGCUCGCGGCUGCGACGUACGCAGCGAUGCUGGGCUUGCUCGCCCUGGAAUACCUCUUGCCGUCUAUGCCAUGGGCGCUCCUCACGCGCCUCCUCCAGCGCUACCCAGACCUGUUUCCCGUCCUGAAUGUACUGCUCUGCGUGCCUGUGCUGGGCCUCUUGUGGCUCUGGACGCUGAAGAAGCAGGUGCAAAUUGCGCUGGCGUCCGGGUUAUGGAGUAUCUCGUCGUCGUCGUCGUCGAACCGCAAAGCCGCUGCUCGGACAUAG